AUGGAAUCGAGGCUACGAAGAAGCACGGACAGCUCGUCCAUCGAAGAGAUUGAACGAGGUGAUAUCAGAGUCUUGCCGCAGGGCAGCGUUGAGAUCGUACCGCCACCAGUGCUGGUCAACACAGCGCCAUGGAGAUUUGUGUUGGGGUUCGGCAGUCUUGCUCUGGUGGAUAUAGGAAUGCAUGCUGCCGCAGGGGCCGCUGCCGCUCGCGUCGGUGCAGAUCUUAACAAAGCGACAACGACAACACUAGUAAUACAAAUGGGUGCUUUGGCUGGUGCAACCAAAGCAGCCAUGACGGCAUUUCGUGAGAUAGUCGGCUUGAGUUCUGUAAACGUUGUUUUUCGAAUCUUGCUCAUGCUGCUCACAUCAUCAUUUGGAGUCUGCGCAUUGCUAGUAACUGAAGUUGGGAACAUUGUGCUUGGCGAAACACCCAAGCAGCUUAUUGUUGCAGCUGUGGUAGCGGCAGUGCCACUUAUCUUCGAAAUGGUUCGCAAUAUUCAACCAGUCCAGGAUCAGGAAGGCAAGACCGAGUAUUACCGAUGGGUUUAUGCGAUAUUCUUGAUUGCAGCGGAUGCUCUUGGCGGGUAUGUCUUUGCACGCAUGGCUGCAAAUCAGGACAUGCCGAUCAGUAAUUUCCAUGCCGCGUGCUCAGCAGGUGCAGUUUUUGGGACGCUAACUUGGAUUUCACGCGCCAUGACUGGCAUUGUAGCCAUGAUUCAGGUUACCCGUGAUGAUGGGAGGCACUCGAAUGUCUUUGGUGUAUAUGAGCUCGUACAACCAGAUCCCAUCGUCGUGACAGAGGAGGAAUAUUUGGCAAUGCAAAGAGGCAUCAUGACCGUGUUGAUGAGUUUCUUUGGAUCCUGGCCCAAGAUGAUGCGGAGGUAUUUGUCUUGCUUAACUUGUUGCUGUGGCUGCUGUUUCGCCUGCUGUGGGAUGAAGGGAGAGCUUGAAGAGAUGCGCCAGGAGAUGGAGGAGAUGGAACGAGAGAAUCGCGAGGAUAUGCAGGAUGUCGGAUUUCAACUUGCAGAGCAGAUGAUGCCUGCUAUAAGAUCCAAUUAA